AUGCUGAUUUCACUUAAUAUUCUCUCCCCUGCAGCGUACAGAGACAAGAUGCGGGAGCUCCCUUUAGUGUCCAUCUUCUGUUCCUGCAUCCUACCUGAACCCAAAGAAAAGCCCACCAAGAAAGAAGGUAAACAGUUUUACACAAUUCUACCACAAUCAUCAACCUACCAUUUCCACAGCACACCAUUUAAGCCAUUUCAGUCAAUGAGCCAGUAAUCAGAUGAAUAUAAUUGUUUUUUGAGGCCGCUACAAAGAUGGCAGGUACACAAAUGGCAACCCCCCCCCCCCCCCCCCCCCCCCCCCCAAUUUCCUUUGGGUUCUUCCUUUAUACAAUCUCACACUUUUCUUCAUCUCUGCCUGCCCUUUGCAGGUGUGGUGGACCUGAACCUGUGCAUCAUCAGGGAUAUGGAGGUGAUUGAGUUGAACAAGAGAAGGUCCGGCCAGGCCUUCGAGGUCAUCCUGAAGCCACCCUCGUUCGACGGGGGUCCAAACACCCUCGCCACCACACCCCCACGCAGGGAGCCCUCCCUGGAGGAAAUCCAGAGGAAGCUGGACGCCGCGGAGGAGAGGAGAAAGGUGAGGGGUCAAAGGUCAGGGGUCAGGAAGGAAAGAAAGAAAGACAGACAGAAAGACAGCAUUGACUGUUUCUAGAUUGGUAUUGUGGAAUGCUCACAGAAUGUUGGUCAGAAUUGACUGUUCCCAGUUUGGUGAGGUAGAGAUGGAAGUUCAUAGAGUCAGGUGUGCAGUGUUGAUCAGGACUGCUUUGUAUCAUCAAAGGGAUAGGGAUUGUGGUGGGGCUCUCUGCCCACUCUGGUCUCUGUUUAUCCACUCACCCCUCUCUCUUCCACCUCUCUAUCGCCCCCUAGUGCCAGGAGGCUGAGUUGCUGAAGCACUUGGCAGAAAAGCGGGAACAUGAGCGUGAGGUGGCCCAGAAGGCCCUGGAGGAACACAACAGCUUCAUCCGGCUGGCCAAGGAGCGGCUGGAGCUGCGCAUGGAGCACAACAAGGAGAAACGGGAGGCACACCUGGCCGCCAUGCUAGAACGCCUGCAGGAGAAGGUAGAGUUACACUCAGCUGAUACCCUAGGCAGGGUUGGGGUCCAUUCCAUUUCAAUUCACUCAAUAUAG